ACUGGGAGAUCAGAGGCUUUCGGCUCAGAAGUCUUCAACAGUUUUGAAAACAGUUUGUGUGUUUCUACAGAAGACGGAAAACAUGGUCAGCAGAUUUGAACACCCAGCUGGUAGCUACAAGAAAAUCUUUGAGACAUGUGAGGAGCUUGCUGAACCACUGCCUGCAACAGUCACAGGUAGGAUUCCCUCCUUUCUGAAAGGGAGUCUUCUCCGUUUAGGACCUGGGCUCUUUGAGGUUGGAGAUGAACCCUUCUAUCACCUCUUUGAUGGGCAGGCCCUUAUGCACAAAUUUGACUUCAAGAAUGGCCAAGUCACUUACUACAGGAAGUUUGUCCGAACAGAUGCAUACGUGAGAGCCAUCACAGAAAAACGAGUGGUCAUCACUGAGUUUGGAACAUUUGCCUACCCAGAUCCCUGCAAAAAUAUCUUCUCCAGGUUUUUUUCUUAUUUUAAAGGAGUUGAGGUCACAGACAACUGUCUGGUCAAUGUCUACCCUAUUGGAGAGGAUUUCUAUGCUGUGACAGAAACUAACUACAUCACUAAAGUGAACACGGAUACAUUGGAGACCCUGAAGAAGGUUGACAUGUGCAACUACAUAAACAUCAAUGGAAUCACAGCUCACCCCCAUAUUGAGCCAGAUGGCACUGUAUAUAACAUUGGAAACUGCAUGGGAAAAGGUGCAACACUGGCCUACAACAUUGUGAGGAUUCCUCCCACCCAGAAAGAUAAGUCGGACCCUAUAGAAAAGUCCAAAGUCGUGGUGCAGUUUCCAAGUGCUGAGAGGUUCAAGCCGUCUUACGUGCACAGCUUUGGCAUGUCAGAUAACUACUUUGUCUUCGUUGAGACCCCAGUGAAGAUAAACCUGCUGAAGUUCCUCAGUGCUUGGAGCAUCCGAGGUUCCAACUACAUGGACUGUUUCGAGUCCAAUGAAAGCCAAGGAACCAAUUUCCACAUUGCCAAGAAAGACCCUGGAGAGUAUAUCGACCUUAAGUUUAAAGGAGCGGCAAUUGGAAUGUUCCACCACAUCAACACCUACGAGGACCAAGGGUUCAUUGUUGUUGACCUCUGUGCAUGGAAAGGAUUUGAAUUUGUUUACAACUACCUGUGGCUGGCCAAUCUGAGAGCCAAUUGGGAGGAGGUAAAGAAAGCAGCCAUGAUGGCCCCACAGCCAGAGGUGCGGAGAUAUGUGAUCCCUCUGGACGUUCACAAGGAGGAGCAAGGGAAGAAUCUUGUGAGUCUGCCCUACACCACAGCCACAGCAGUCAUGCAUGCUGAUGGGAUGAUCUGGCUGGAACCUGAGGUGCUCUUCUCUGGACCUCGCCAAGCCUUUGAGUUUCCACAGAUUAACUACCAAAGGUAUGGAGGGAAGAACUAUACAUACGCCUAUGGACUGGGACUCAACCAUUUCAUACCAGACAGGAUCUGCAAACUGAAUGUAAAGACCAAGGAGACCUGGGUUUGGCAGGAGCCUGAAUCUUAUCCCUCAGAACCAUUGUUUGUUCAGACUCCUGAUGGGGUAGAUGAAGAUGAUGGAGUCCUCCUUACCAUCGUGGCGGCGCCUGGUUCCCAGAGGCCAGCAUAUAUGCUCAUUCUGAACGCCAAGGAUCUGUCUGAGAUUGCGAGAGCAGAAGUGGAAUGCUCCAUUCCCGUCACCUUUCAUGGGAUGUAUAAACAGUGACGUUCCUGUCCAGUUUUAUAAAGUGCAUAACAACAACGAUGAGAAUAAAAUGCAUCCCUAUGCCAAAGGGAUAGACAAUAAACAAUAAAAUAUUUUGAGAGAAUAAAAAUGAAUGAAUGAAAAUUUGUUAAUA